AUGGAAGAAAAAACGUUGUUUAGCAAGAUACAUCUUAAUUCAACCUCUUCUCCUCAACCUUCUUACCAAAUGAGGGACAACAAAACAUUCGAAAUGAAAGAGGAAGAGUUGUACAGUAAAGCACAUGUGGCCGGGUGUAUCAAAUUUGUUGUUGACAAAGAAAGUAACAAAGAUGUUGAACUGACUGCGAAUGAUAAAUUUUCUUGUAACCUGGUGACAAUGUUGGCAAGAGACAAAGAAGUGGUGACAGUAAAUUUGAAAACUUAUUCAAAUUCUUGUAUUAUACAUCAACCUGCCAAAA